UGCUAGCAUACUUCGUGUCAGUGAUCUUUAAAUAAAUCAAGCACUUUUUGUAGUAAAACAUGACCAACUUCAAGUGAAAAUUAGCUGACUGACAAAAGUUCAAGAGAAUUGUUGAUGCCUUGAAAGACUUAGUUUCUGACGUGAAUAUUGAUACCUCAGCCACAGGAAUUUCCCUACAAGCCAUGGACAGCUCACAUGUUGCUCUUGUAAGCCUGAUGAUGAAUCAAGAAGGGUUUGACUAUUUUAAGUGAGAGAAACCAGCAACUAUAGGAGUGAGCAUUGGAAAUCUUUCUAAAGUAUUGAAAUUAGCAAAUCCAGAAGAUUCGAUCACCCUAGAAUUUGAUGAAGAUCCUUCCUGUUUGACAAUUAUAUUCGAAAGCUCUACCAAUUCUAAGAGCACUACUUUCAACCUGAACCUGCUUACUCUUGAGUCAGAAAAUAUGGGGAUCCCAGAUACAGAAUAUACAAGUGAGAUUACUAUGAACUCAAAUGAGUUCACUAAAAUCUGUAAAGAACUAGGAGUUAUAUCAGACACAGUCGGAAUCACAACCACACUAGACUACGUUGAGUUCUCCGUAACUGGCGAUAUCGGAAGCGGCAACAUAAAAAUCAACACCUCAACUGGUGAGAUAGACCAGAGCGGUAAUCCUGACGCUAAAGGCGAUAAGGCAGAUGUCCUUGUCGAGCUCUCCUUUGCGCUAAAAUACCUAACGAUGUUUACUAAGGCAGCUCCUCUUGCUAAUGAAGUCAGCCUGCAGAUGUCUAAAGAUACACCUCUUGUAGUCCAGUUUGAAAUGAGUGGGCUUGGAAAUCUGUUCUAUUACCUGGCUCCAAAGAUCACUGAUGGCGAAGAGACAGAUGCUUCUUAAGUUAUAAUUUGAGUAAAUUG